AUGCGAUACGUGGAUGUCUGUUCCCUGUACCCGUACGUGUUGAAAUACAAGCCAUUUCCCGUCCAACAUCCCCAAGUCAUCACCAGCCAUUUCACCGAUGUCAGAGACUAUUUCGGGCUCAUUCGCUGUCGUGUCCUCCCACCCCGAGAGCUGUAUCACCCCGUAUUACCUUACAAGACCGGGGGUAAAUUACUCUUUCCCUUAUGCCGCACCUGUGCGGAACAGCGCAACUUAGGAUCCGACGAGCGGUGCCAGCACACCGAUUCUGAACGCAGUCUCACUGGCACCUGGGUGACCACCGAACUUCACAAAGCAUUAGAUCUAGGCUAUCGUCUCGACCGCAUUUACGAAGUUUGGCAUUUUGAGAAAACCAGUGACCACUUAUUUCGAGCGUAUAUCAACACCUUUUUGAAAAUUAAACAAGAAGCUUCCGGAUUCCCCGAGGAUUGUCAAACAGCCCAACAGCAGCAACAUUACAUUGAGGAAAUUCAGCAACGAGAAGGCAUUGCCAUGAACCCGGCAGACAUCCAGAAAAAUCCUGUCCGAAGAACCAUUGCCAAACUCUUUUUAAAUUGCUUGUGGGGAAAAUUUGCUCAACGAUUACAAUUACCCAAAUCCCUGUAUCUCACGGAAGAAGAAGAAUUACAACAGAAAUUACAAGAUGCCACUUUAGAAGUCAAAGGCAUCGAACUCUUAGAAAAUCGUGAACGCCCCGAAUGUGGUAUGAUGCUGAUCAAUUAUCAGGAGAAAGAAGAAUUUUUAGAAGACUGUCCCUUUGGAAACGUGGUGCUGGCGUGUUUUACAACAGCUCAUGCUCGUUUACAUUUGUACGAGACGUUACAGCCUUUGGGAGAGCGUGUCUUAUACUUUGACACGGAUAGUAUCAUCUAUCAGCACGACGAGACCCAGUUCAAUCCGACCAUUAUCAACAGUUUAGGUGGCUGGACCGAUGAAUUGGGUGGAGAUCGUAUCAUCAAGUACAUGUCGGGCGGGCCCAAAAAUUAUGCAUACGAGACCCAGGGGGAAAAAUCUGUCUGCAAAGUCAAAGGAUUGACACUCAAUUAUCGUGCCUCUAGAGUCGUGUCUCUCGAUACGUUGGAAAAAAUGUUAAAAGGAGAAGAAGAAGAAGUCCAUGUCCGUUAUCCGCACUUUAUUCAACGAACCCGCCAACAUGAUGUGCGAACCAUUCCUCUGGUGAAGAAAUACCGCAUGGUGUAUGAUAAACGUCAACGUAUUCAUGACUAUGACACGCUGCCUUACGGGUAUUAA